AUGGCAGCAGUUAUUAUUCCUACUUAUGAAGAAGAGUCUGAACAGGUGAAUGUUGUGUUCCCUAAUCAUAGGCCAGGGUAUAAUCCGUACUCUAGUACCUAUAAUCCAGGUUGGAAAGAUCACCCGAACUUCAGCUACGCAAACAAGCAAGAUGUAGCUCCUAAUCCGUAUGUUCGACCAGGAUUUCCUGCAACUACAUCCAUGUUCCAACAAAGUCAACAGAAAGUUGACCAACAUAUGCAGAAGACUGACUCUGCUAUUAAAGAUCUACAGGCCCAGAUGGGGCAAAUGGAAACUGAGGUUAAUCAGCUGAAAGCACGAGCAUCAACAAAGCUUCCAUCACAAACUUUUGUGAAUCCAAGAGAGAAUUUUAAUGAAGUAUUUUUGAGGAGCGGAAAGCAGACAGAAGAUCCAAAGCAACAAGAAAAGUCAAAGAAGAAAGUUCUAGACAAAGAAAUUAUGGAUAUCUUCAGCAAGGUGCAUAUCAACAUUCCAUUUAUUGAGGCUAUCAGAACAAUACCCAGGUAUGCCAAGGUUCUGAAGGAUUUGUGUACAAGGAAAGAGAGGUUGAUUGCUAACGAGAUCACUCAGGUGGGAGAAAGCGCUUCAUCUAUGUUGUUGAAAAAGAUUCCGACAAAAUGCAAAGAUCCUGGCGGUUUUACAGUGCCGAUCAAUAUUGGUGACCGACGAUUUGAGCGUGCUUUGCUUGAUUUGGGUGCUUCUAUAAGCGUAAUGUCAUCCGAUGUUUAUGAUUCUUUGAACCUGGGACCAUUGAAGGAUACAUGGAUUAUCAUUCAAUUAGCUAAUAAGUCUAACAUAUAUCCUAAGGGACUUGUGGAAGACGUGUUAGUACAAGUGAAUGAAUUGAUCUUUCCGGAUGAUUUCUUUAUUGUGGAUAUGCAUAAUGGAGACAAUUGUUCGUCUACUUCAUUACUUCUCGGGAGACCGUUCAUAAAGACUGCUAAGAGGAAGAUUGAUUGUGAUACUGGGACACUCACUAUGGAAUUUGACAAAGAGAUUAUACUUUUCAAUAUCUUUGAAGCUAUGCGUUAUCCAAGUGAUAUCCAGUAUGCAUUUUAUAUUGAUGUUAUUGGUUCGUUAGCACAGCAGAUGUUUGAUUUGAACAACGAUGAACUUGAAUCUUUUCUACAAAAUAACAUUGAUUUGGAUGUCCAUGGAAUUCCUAACUUGGACAUUGAUAUUUGCAAGGAGGUUUCUGAGGCGUGUGGCGCUUUAACGGCAUCACAAGAAGUUAUAACAUGUAAUAUUUCCUAUAUAUCUUUACCUGUAACUGAUGAAGUUCCUUUACCCUAUAUUGUGCAGGCACCUAAAUUAGAGUUGAAGCCUAUACCUGAUCACCUAAAGUACUCCUACUUGGGUGAUAGGGAGGAGCUUCCAAUCAUUAUUGCAAAGAAUCUCACAGCAGUACAGGAAGAACGCUUGCUUAGGGUGAUUAUGCAGUCGGAGCUGUUUUGA